AGGCCUUUAUGGAGCUCGGACACCACCAGCGAGCGUUGAAUGACAUCUCAUUUUGCCUCAGAACCCAAGUUAACAAUACUGGAAAUGCAAAUAAUGUGCUGUCUAUUUUUUGGGAGGUAAGGAACAAUCCUGACCUUUAAACUCAUUCUCAUACACACCCAUUUCCAAAAACAGAGCAAAAUACAACUUUGCAGAACUUAGUCACGUGCGUGAAUACCACCUAGCAACGGCUUAGUGGAAAGCAAGCCAUCCAAGUGUUCAUUUAGAUCGAAAAGGUUUGAGUGCGACCGGGCGAAGGCUUUUUAGGCCAGUCGUUUGGGUUAAUUUUUAACAAAAUAAUUUAACUCGGCUCGGAAUGCUUCACUUGGUGGCACUCAGAGCUUUGUGGUCAGAGUCAACGCUUAGAGGCUUGUAAUCCAGUGAGCUGUUAAACAAAGCCUGCAAAGGGCCUUUUGGGCCAGUUUCAAAAACUGAGGAGUGUAAAACAAAAGAAAUCACAUUGACAUUCACGGAUAAAUAUCGGCAUUAUUCAGCCUAAUAAAUUAAUUGCAGGCAACCACAGGAGCCCGCAAUCGUAAUCUUCAGGUUGCUGUUACGAACGCAUUGCACGUAUGUAACCAGCGUUCGUUUCGACGUCCACUCGGAAUGAAUGGAAUGCCGAGAGUAGAACGCAAUCUGAUUACGCACGGUUUGGCCUUCUAUCACUCGUAAUCUGAUCGCGCGUGUUUUGACCUUCUAUGACGUGAAACUUAAGGCGGGAAGCAAAACACAGCGUUGGACCAAGAGCGUUUUGACCGUUGAUCAAUCUCGCCCACACUCCAUUUCUUUUGGUUAUUACCUGUUCAAUAGUUAUUUCAAUAAGUUAAUCAGGGUUCUCAAAACCUAUGUCCGAUUGUCUGGGGCUGGUAGAAAUUUAGUUCGGACGUGUAACCCCUUUGACAUGACUUGUCCGUAGGAAAAGCACUUUUUUAAUUAGGAAAAAUUAAGUAACAGUUGAAAAUUGUCUUCAAAUUAUAGUAGAAAUUUAAAAUUCAUCUUAAAAGUUAUAAAGGCAAACCUCAUACUUGACAAAAAAAAAGUUAUAUUCCUUUUAACUUUGCCAUUCCACGGUCAUUUCAUUUGUUUUUACGAGCUCAGUUUAGGUUUAAGUCAAAAACAAUUUACAAGGGUAAUAAUGUGAUUAAAAACAUUAAAUAUCCGAUUGCUUUUUGAGUUUCGAGCUAAAUUUUUUGGAUAAGAACUCUUUGGUUUUGGACAACCAAAUUUAAUAUCCUGAUAGUGCUUGUCCGAAGGACAAGUGGAUACGAAAAUGUUUCUCUGACUGUGUUAAUUAUGUCAUGUUUUUUAUUGUAGGUUUUGGGGAAAUACCGUAAAGCGUAUGGUCCUGAGCCAAUCCGUCGCUGUGGCAACUGUAUCGGCGGAGAUGGAGACAAAUUGAAAAGAUGUGCCAACUGUGAGGAAGUAUACUGUAGCAAAGAAUGUCAAGUUCUGGCUUGGGAAAAGGGCCAUAAAAACCUCUGCAACAAGUAA